GAUUUCAAUUCUAAUUGCCUAGAGAUCUACAACUGGAAAAUUUCUUCUCCCUUUAAAUUGUAUCCAAAAGAAAAAGAUGUCUUCAACUCUUACUGCCUUUGAGGUACCCAUUCAACCCUAUGCUGGUCAGCUGCUCAUCAUCAAGGAUCUCCUGCAACCGAAGCCCACGGAAGCGGGAACAAGGACUUCCUACUUCGAUCGCUGUGUCAUAGGGAAAAAGCUGACCAAGCAAAUGGCUCUGGUGGAGGGAGCAAAGUCUGACAAGAUUAGCAUACAUGGUCAUGAGUCUCUUGUGGAUGGCUUCCUGGAUGCUUUGGAGACCUACAUGAAGAUGAUUGUUCAAAAGGUCAUCGAAUUGUGCGAACAUCGUUGUGGCUACAGACUCUAUAUGAACAAACGAUAUGUGCUGAAGAACGAUGUGCGUACCACAAUGACAUUUCUGAAUGAUAUGGAAUUGGCUGACUAUGGAUCGUCGGAGGAUGAUGAAGGAUUCUAUCGCACUUUGGCCGAAUUGGAUGAGCGCAGGGAACGCAGGCGAUGCAGGGAACGCAAAGAGAAGGAGAUCAAGAAAGAGGUUAAGGUUGAGGUGAAGAAAGAGCCAAAGGAAUCGAAGGGUAAUCAAGAGCAGAAACCCAAUAUUCGUGGUAUUAAAGCCUCGGCGGAUAAUAUAGCCAUGUUGGCAUUUGGUUCUCGUAAACGUCCUGCGACUAAGACACCAGUAACUAACCAUUCUGCCACACCGAAUGCCGCACCAAUACCUAUUGGAUUACGUGCCCCACCGGGUGUGGCCAUGUUGCCACGUUUCAAGCAUGUGACCAUCAGGGAUGUGCUGCAGGUCAUGGAGGAGGAUAAACGCUAUAAUCGCUCCAAUAUGCUCUAUGAAGCUUACUUGAAGUACAUCACUUAGGAGGGGGAAUCUUCGAAGCAAGAGAUUAUGAUUUAAAAGCUGAAUAAAUGAUAAUUAUUCCCUAUU